AUGAAGCUCACUGAAUUACUCGCUGCAGUCGUUGCGCUCUCCGCAGCUGGCGUGUCUGCUCACUACCGCUUCGACGCACUCAUUGUUGGUUCGACGACGACAGCUCCAUACCAGUACGUUCGUCAAAACACGAACUACAACUCUCCGAUUACGGAUGUCACUUCGCUAGACUUCCGUUGCAAUGCUGGAGGUCUUGCCUCGGCCGCAGCUACCCAAACAGUGACUGCUGCCGCAGGUUCUACAGUUGGCUGGGCCUUAGACCAAGCCAUAUUCCACCCUGGUCCUAUCAACGUUUACAUGGCGAAGGCCCCUGGAAAUGCCGCCAGCUUUGACGGUUCCGGCAGUGUCUGGUUCAAAGUAUAUGAAAUCAGGCCUGUCACCAACGGCGGAACCAGCAUCACCUGGCCGGCAGACAACAUCUCAAGUUUCACCUUCCAACUCCCAAGCUCUUUGCCUAGUGGGCAGUAUCUCGUUCGCGUAGAACACAUCGCCUUGCACUCGGCCUCAACCUUCGGUGGUGCCCAAUUCUAUAUCUCUUGUGGCCAGAUCAACGUUACUGGUGGUGGUAGCGGUAACCCAGGCCCUUUGGUUGCGAUUCCAGGCGUCUACACCGGUCGUGAGCCUGGCAUUAUGCUCAACAUCUACUACCCAAUCCCCGCAACUUACACCCAACCCGGACCUGCUGUAUGGCGCGGAUGA